CCUUCUCUCCCUCUUCAUAUUAAUAUUUAAAUUUUACGAAAUUGAACUCCAGGGUUUAGAUCGAUCCACACUACCAUCGACCAUUCGAUCAGUCUUUAUUAUAUAUCCAACCUUGAAGCAGCCCAAAAGAUCUUCCUUCUCUCUCUCCACUUUCUAAAAGUCAUAUGUGUGGGUGUCUAUAUAUAUAUAUAUCUUCAACCUUGAAGCAGCCCAAAAAGUCCCCCAUCUAUUCUCUCCUUUUCUCCGCAUGUCUCCUCCACAAGCUCCGGACAUGUCUGAUUCUUCUCCCCGCAUCUUCUAUCACUCAAACCUCCGAUUCUUUCCGAGCAUACGGCGGCUCCGCCGCCCCAAGGCUUCUGAGAGCACACCAGCGCCGCCUCCGGCUGGGUUCGAAGAGGGCGAGAACGUGGAGACUGAGGCCGAAGAUGGGCUGGUGGCUCUGCGGAGGUCUGUGAAGAGGCUUCACUUCGGAAGCUGGGAAGAGAAGGAGGCGGCGGCGAUAGAGAUACGGCGGCUGGCGAAAGAGGAUUCCAAGACGAGGAAGGCCCUGGCCGAGCUCGGCGUCGUGCCGCCAUUGGUGGCCAUGGUUGGGUCAGAGGUGGCCGGCCGGCGGCGGCCGGCGGUUCAAGCAUUGAUUGAGCUUGCCAACGGAUCUUACACGACGAAGGCGCUAAUGCUAGGGGCCGGAAUCUUAUCAAAAUUGCCAGAAAAUGUCGACGGUAUCGACGAACCAACUAUGCACGAACUGGCCCAAUUGCUGCAAUCCUUGUCUUCCCUGGCCAACAGCCAGUUCCCUUUCACCUCACCAAGAAUUCCUCCAUUGCUGGCCGGGAUUCUGGAGUCUAGCGCAAGCACUGGAACCAUAAAGCUUUGCUUGAGCACUGUGUACAAUCUAUCCACCAUGCUAGACAAUGCAACAGCUUUGGCCAGCACCGAGAUGAUCCACGCCCUUCUGAAGCUCUCCACCGAGAAAGAAACCUCGGAGAAUGCGCUUGCAGCGGUUGGGAACUUGGCGGUAACCCUACCGGGGAAGAAGGCGAUGGAGGAGAGUCCAGUGGCGCCCGAAAGCUUGAUAGAGAUCUUGACAUGGGAGGAAAAACCCAAGUGCCAAGAACUUUCCGCUUAUCUUCUGAUGAUCCUGGCUCAUCAAAGCUCCAUUCAGAGAAAGAAAAUGGCAGAUUCGGGAAUUGUUUCGGUUCUCCUUGAAGUGGCCUUGCUGGGCAGCCCUUUGGCUCAGAAAAGGGCGCUGAAGCUGCUACAAUGGUUUAAAGACGAGCGGCAAGCGAGAAUGGGGCCGCAUUCGGGGCCACAAACAGCUGGGAGGGUUGUAGAGAUAGGUUCCCCGGUGAGCGAAAGGGAGAAGAACGAAGGGAGGGAGAUGAUGAAGAAGUUGGUGAAGCAAAGUCUGUAUAAGAAUUUGGAAACGAUUACUAGGCGAGCCAAUGCUGCUGAGGAUUCUUCUUCUUCUAGGCUCAAGGCUUUGGCCCUGAGCUCCAGUUCAAAGAGUUUGCCUUAUUAGAGAGAAUGCCCAGUUGAUGUACAGAUUUUUCUUGUGCAAUUGGAUGGACAUUGUUAAUUAAGAGAGCAAAAUUGUUUUUCUUGGAA